GUGGACCAAAAAGACUCACACUUCAUCCGAGUUGCCUCUGACUUGGCGUCACCAACCAUCCGCAAGCCGCGAGCUUUCGCCAUUGUUAGCGUUCUGAAUUUGCGUGCUUUGAUCAGGGCCGUUGAUCCUCCAAGCAUGGUAAUCUGGGGAGGGCCCGUCCCCAAUGAUUGCAUUGGGUUCGCUGGUUUUUGAAAGCUUUUCACGUACAUUUCCAGACUUUACACUGAUCUGUGGUGCUUUCUGCUCUGCGCAAACAUCAGAAAGCAGACUUUAUUGUUAUCCAAAAAAAGUUGAGAAAAUUUAACAGAACCAAUGAUGCAAACCGCUUCAUAUCUUCAUCCGUUCUCUUAUUUUUCUGACAGAAGAAGCCUUUUAAAACCAGUAGGGUGGAUUAAAUCACAAACCCCAUCUUCAAAUCAUCUUGGUAGGAGAGUUCCGAUUACUAGAAGACCUCAAUCGUGUAAGUUUCUCUUGCCGAAGCAACAAACCAGAUUUUUUGCGGUUCCCAACACAGAUGAUGGCCAUCCUUCUGCCUCUGUGUUAGAAGAUUCAAACACAAAUCAUGCACCCAAUCCGGAAGUGGAGACGGUGUUGCACAAAUGGUCACCUCCCACGUAUUUGUGGAGGGGGUUUUCGGCCCUUAUCCUGACAGGACAGGUUAUUUUGAGAACUUUGAAGGGCAAAGUGCAUUGGCGAAAUACACUUGAGCAAUUAAAGAGAGUUGGGCCAGGUUCAGUCGGGGUCUGUCUCUUGACUUCAGCAUUUGUUGGCAUGGCCUUUACAAUCCAAUUCGUUAGGGAAUUUACCAGGUUAGGGUUAAGCAGAGCCGUUGGUGGGGUUUUAGCCCUGGCUUUCUCAAGGGAGUUGAGUCCUGUAAUUACAUCAAUCGUGGUUGCUGGGCGUAUUGGAAGCUCAUUUGCAGCAGAGUUGGGUACAAUGCAGGUUUCUGAGCAAACUGACACACUGAGAGUUCUUGGGGCAGACCCAGUUGAUUAUCUUGUCACUCCAAGGGUGAUUGCUACCUGUAUUGCUCUACCGUUUCUGACUCUAAUGUGUUUCACAGUAGGGAUGGCAUCCAGCGCCCUCCUUUCUGAUGGCAUUUAUGGUGUUAGCAUCAACAUUAUUCUGGAUUCAGCUUGCAGAGCUCUCAAGCCAUGGGAUAUAAUUAGUGCAAUGAUCAAGUCACAGGUUUUUGGCGCGAUCAUAUCGAUUGUGAGUUGCGCUUGGGGAGUUACUACUAUGGGAGGAGCCAAGGGUGUUGGGGAGUCAACAACUUCGGCUGUGGUUAUAUCUCUUGUUGGGAUCUUUAUCGCAGAUUUUGUACUGUCUUGUUGUUUCUUCCAAGGAGUUGGAGAUUCAUUGAAGAGGCUAUAAGCGGUUGUUGAUAAGCUAAUGGAGAGUCUGAAGCGUGAAACGAAUCAAAGUAUCUGAACUUGGCUGCGUGGUUUUCAUGCAAUGGCCGGUCAGCUUGUAGUACUCAAUGGUUAUUGAGGGCAUUAUUUACAGAGUAUAAUAUACAUUGUUUUUCUCCCUCCAUCAUUCGUUAAUGCCGAAUUCUGUGAGGAGAGCAGUUUUUGGAGUAAUUUUGCAUUAAGAAUCAUACAGAUGACCUCGAAGCAUCUCAUUGCAAAGCAAGCGGGCUCGGCGUUGAUAGUCUUGAUGUAGGGUUUUGUACAUCUCCUUUCACUGUUAAUGCAUGUAGCGCAACAACUAUUAUUCUGUGUCACUUUACCACUUCUUUUUCGUGCCAAA